AUGGCCGACGACGAUGGAAUGCUCGUAAACUUCGACCUCGGCUCCGGUCCUGCUCGUGCGUCAAACAAGGGCGGAUCGGGACGCUGGACGGAUCGAUUGAAGCAGAAGAAGCAGGCGCAGCAUCGGGAGAGGCGGGAGGCGGGCGAGGGGCAUAAUGUUGCGCCGCCAGAGAGGGUGGAGGAGGAGGUUUUUGUGAGCCGGGCGCCAGGGGCGGGAAUGGGAACGAAGAGGAAGAGGGAUGAUGGUGAGGAGGGGGAGGAUCAUCCGCCGGCAAAGGCGACGGGAGCCAGCAAGCAAGUUAUUUCGUCGCUCUUCACCUACAAUCCUGAGUCGCAUAUUCCUGCCAAACCAUCGACGGCUCCUGCGGUAGGACCCGCUUCCAACGCCCCGAUGCACGACUCGGCUUUUGGUCCGCUCAAGAUCGAUAGCCGACUUUGCACGCAUUUGGAAAACAAAAUGUCUAUUACGGCACCGACUUCGAUUCAGUCCAACGCCAUUCCCUACCUCCUUGACCAGAAGGACAAGCACGACGUCUUCAUCCAAGCACAGACUGGUUCCGGAAAGACACUUGCGUUCCUCCUCCCUAUCGUUCACCGACUCAUGCAGUCCCGGAAAGACCGAUCUUCGCGUUCUUCCGGCGUGUUUGCACUCAUCCUUGGCCCUACACGCGAGUUGUGUCAGCAGAUUUACUCGGUGUUGGAGGUUUUGUUGAGGUGUUCGGGAGCGUAUUGGUUAGUGCCCGGUCUUGUCAUUGGUGGUGAGAAAAAGAAAUCGGAGAAAGCGAGGUUGAGGAAGGGUGUCAACAUCUUGGUCGCUACGCCUGGACGUAUGCUGGAUCAUCUGGAGAACACAAAGUCGCUGGAUGUGUCGAGUGCGAGGUGGCUCGUGCUCGAUGAGGGUGACCGUAUGAUGGAUUCUGGCUUCGAGGAGACCUUGAACAAGAUUCUGAACAUUGUGAAUGAGAGAUCAGGUGCGUCGAAAGGUGCGUGGUUGGAGCAAGGGUUGCCUAAGAGGAGGGUUACAGUGCUGUGUUCUGCUACGAUCAAGGCGGGUGUGGAGAAGCUUGGACAGGAUGCAUUGAAGGAUACGGUGUAUGUGAAGGCUGAUGAUCAUGUUGAUGGCAAGUUCGCCUCUGGGGCAAAUGCGGCGGAAUUUAGUGCACCAGCCCAGCUGGAUCAGCAGUACUCGAUCGUACCUGCGAAAUUGAGAUUAGUUACUUUGGGCGCCGCGUUGAAGAAUAUGUUUGUCACGAAGAGAGCGGCUCGUACGGGGGACAGUGCUGCGAACAAGGCCAUCGUUUUCUUUUCUUGUGCAGACAGUGUGGACUAUCACUUCAAAUUGUUUACGAGAAGCUUGGAUGGCAAGGUAGAGACGGAAGAUUCUGAUGCCGAGUCUGACAAUGAUGAGGAUGAGGAUGAGGGUGAGGAUGAUGGCGAAAAGAAGGAGAAGAAGGUAAUGAAGAAGAAGACUUCACCGGCUGACGCGGCCAUUGCGAAGGCACCAGUCCUGAACGGCACAAAUCCUCCUAUUCUUCAUCGACUUCACGGAUCUCUCCCUCAACACAUCCGUCAACAGACACUGGCUGCGUUCACGAAGAACACGGCCGGUGCGGUCCUCUUUUGCACCGACGUCGCCUCCCGUGGUCUCGAUUUGCCAGACAUUACCAACGUUGUGCAAUACGACCCGCCUUUCGCAGUUGACGAGUACGUCCACCGUAUCGGUCGUACAGCACGUGCUGGUCGCAAGGGUGAAGCAUCGCUUUUCUUGCUGCCGAACGAGGAGGGGUACCUGGAUGUCAUCAAGCGCGGUAUUGGUGCCGAGCCUCGCUCUGUUGCGAAUGAAGAGCUGCUGAGGAAAGUCUUCCCCGGCAAACGCUACGAUUGGGAAUUGGCAGCCACAGAGUGGCAGUUGGCAGUGGAGAAGUGGGUCCUUGCAUCCCCUACUACCCUCGACCUCGCGCGCAAUGCGUACAAAUCCCACGUCAGGGCGUAUGCUACGCACGUCGCUGCCGAGAAGUCUGUGUUCAAUGUUAGGAAUCUUCAUCUCGGGCAUAUUGCGAAGGCGUUCGGGUUGCGAGAGGCGCCGGGUGGCAUGCAGAGGAAGAAGGCGAGGAAGGAGGGUAAGGAUGAGGGUGAAAAUAGGACUUUUUUCACCGGCCGCCCCUCGAGAAAAAAGUUUCCGAAAAACCACACCACCUUCUGUUCUGGCAAGCACAAAAGCGGCACGGAUGAACUGGCACUAUGAAGAGAAUGGCUGAUUGUGGGAGGCAAAAUGCCAAAAAUGGUGCCUCUUGCCCGAAUCGAACGAGCGAUCUUCGCAUUACGAGUGCGACGCAGUACCACUGUGCCAAAGAGGCCGGUUAGUUGUUCGUUAGCAAUGCCUCAUAUACAUCGCGAGCUUCUGUUUACCAUGUUUUGGCGAUUUCGUCGACGGCAUGUGCCGGAUUGUUACGCCUUUUGCUAGAAUCGCCUCACCUGCUGAACGUUGACAGUACCAAUUGAUAUAAAUCAUGUCACACAAAUCAAUCCUGUCCAUUUCAAGUCAGUCUAGCCAACUUCCCUGAAACUGCGAAUGAGCUCGUGAUCCAUCGAUAUCGACUCGACGUGACCUGGAUCUGACGUCCGCAACCUGGAGCCGGCGACGGACAUACUCGGUCACCG